UCCAAGACUGAUCCUGAAUAUUCCACGGGAGGGGCGAACGAAGGCGCCGCCCAACUUGCGGCUCGCCCGCCUUGCGCGCGCGCAUCUCAAAUGGGAACAGUCACGCUGAACGGCAAGAGGGUGGACCAACCCUUAAUAAUUGCGGUAUAUGAAAGGUUAUAGUGCAGUGUUAAGUGAUAAAAGUGCAAUAAAAUGCCUCGAAAACGCAUGAACAGAUCGCCGCCGGUUGAGAAAAGGUCCGAUGAUGCCGACGAUGACGAUUUUUUCUUCGAUGACACGCAAUCUAGUUCAGGGCGGAGUUCUCACGAACCGCAGCACAGAAAUGCUGCUAACGCAAGAGAGCGGGCGAGGAUGCGUGUUCUCUCCAAAGCAUUUUGCAGGUUAAAGACAACAUUGCCGUGGGUGCCGGCGGACACGAAGCUGUCGAAGUUAGACACGCUGCGACUAGCGGCUUCGUACAUAGCGCACCUGCGGGCUUUGCUGCACGAGCCACGCUCUGCGCACACGCCGCCGCAUCCACUAAGCUUGGCCUGGCCAUUCGCCUUCCAACAUGGCGGCACAUUGAGCUGUACUAUUUCACAGAGAUGGAACGUAAGCCCUCCUAGCAAUGACGGCCAGAAUUGUCGCUUACCGCCCAGAGAAAACACGCAAAACUGCCAUGAAGGAUAUGGCCACGAAUACGAAAAUGACUAUGACGAGAGAUGUUAUGAUGAGAUGACGAACGAACCCUGCCAGCCGAUGCAAUAUUGUAAUUAUGGUUACAGAGAAAAUUAUUAUGAAUCGAGAAAUUCUUACCAAUCGGAAAAUUUGAUUAAUAACGCUUAAUAUAUACCAAAGAUAUAUAAAAUAAAAAUAAAUCUACUUUUA